AUGGCGCCCGUUCCUCCUCCUUCCGAUCGCCGACCGCUCGUCAUCUCCGGCCCCUCUGGCGUCGGCAAGGGCACGCUGUACGGCAAGCUCUUCGAGGCGCACCCGGACACCUUCACGCUGUCCGUGUCGCACACGACGCGCAAGCCCCGCGAUGGCGAGAAGGACGGUGUCCACUACCACUUCGUCACCAUGCAGGAGUUCGAGGACCUGAUCGCCCAGAACGGCUUCGUCGAGCACGCCAAGUUCGGCAGCAACCGCUACGGCACCAGCAAGGCCACCAUCCAGGAGCAGACCGCCAAGGGCAAGGUCGUCGUCCUUGAUAUCGAGAUGGAGGGCGUCAAGCAGAUCAAGGCCUCGAGCAUCGACGCGCGGUACGUCUUCGUGGCGCCGCCGAGCUACGAGACGCUGGAGCAGCGGCUCCGGGGCCGGGGCACCGAGACCGAGGACUCGCUGAGCAAGCGCCUGGAGCAGGCCCGGGUCGAGCUCGCCUUCUACGAGACGCCCGGGUCCCACGACGUCAAGAUCGUCAACGACGACCUGGACAAGGCCUACGGCGAGCUCGAGGACUACGUCUACAAGUCCUCGUAG